AUGAGCUCGUCUACAAGUCUAUGCGACGAAACCGUUUCUUGGAAAUUUUCUGGUUUUAUCCAUUUCGCCGACAAUUCACAACCCGAUGCUAAAGAUAAAAUUUGGAAACUGCGCACAAUUAUGGACAAAGUAAAAAGUAAUUGCCUAAAAUUAUUUGAACCUGAAGAACAUCUUUGUUUUGAUGAGAGCGUGGUUAAAUACUAUGGAAGGCACGGAUGCAAACAGUUUAUUCGGGGCAAACCAAUCCGUUUCGGGUACAAGAUGUGGUGCCUUAACACUCCCUCGGGUUAUGUUGUUGAUUUCGAGAUGUACCAGGGUAAUAAUCCUCGUCGAUGUGAAGAGUAUGAAACAUUAUUUGGAAAAUCGGCUGCUCCACUAGUAGUAAUGCUAGAUGAAUUGGUAAAUGUGAAAGGAUUUCAUCCAUAUAAAUUAUAUGUUGAUAAUUUAUUCGCCGGAAUUACUUUAUUCAAGUUUCUUCGAGAUAACGGAUAUCAGGCCACUGGAACGGUCAGGGAUAACAGACUUCCAAAAAAUAUUCCACUGUCUAACAAAAAAAAAACAAUGGCUAAAAGAACACGAGCCUCCCAUGAAUCCAUUAUAGAUAAAAGCGAUGGUAUCAUCAUUGUGCGGUGGGUGGAUAAUAGUGUAGUGAUGUAG